UCCCCUCCCUAUCAUGUGAUUCAGGUGUUCCAAUCCCCUCCCAAUCAUGGGAUUCAGGUGUUCCAAUCCCCUCCAUAUCAUGGGAUUCAGGUGUUCCAAUCCCCUCCAUAUCAUGGGAUUCAGGUGUUCCAAUCCCCUCCAUAUCAUGGGAUUCAGGUGUUCCAAUCCCCUCCAUAUCAUGUGAUUCAGGUGUUCUAAUCCCCUCCAUAUCAUGUGAUUCAGGUGUUCCAAUCCCCUCCAUAUCAUGUGAUUCAGGUGUUCCAAUCCCCUCCAUAUCAUGUGAUUCAGGUGUUCCAAUCCCCUCCAUAUCAUGUGAUUCAGGUGUUUCAAUCC